AUGGGGCUCUUCGACAGGAGUCGCCAGGAGUUCGCCAGCUACAUGCGGCACCGCGGUUGGACUGUUGACGUUUGCGAGACGGAGGCGGAUCUUGCAAUGGCCCAGGAUGCUCAGCCUGACGACAUCAUCAUCUCGAAGGACAACACCCGAGAGAUUGUCGCUGCGUACCUCACCCACGGUCAAGUCAAGGUGAAAAACACCAAAGAGGAGACAUUCGGGAACUCUAUCCGGGUGUUCAUUCUUUUGCAACAAGAUCGUGUCGAGCCUUUGGCCCAAGAGUCACGAGCCCAGCAACUCUUCCGUGUAUUGCAGGACAAGUUCAAGGAGCUUUGCAUCAAGCAUGAGACUCUGAAAAAUAUUCGAGCAGCAGGAGCCAAGGAGAGAACCAAGGACGACGUUGUACGGUUGCCAUCGCCAAAGACUCACAACCGAUACAGAACAGUCGAGUCACCCAAGGUUGUCUCCAAGGCCAACACUACUGCUACUUCAUCGCCACAAUCCACUCUGGCUCCCGGACCUUCACAGCAGAGCUCCUCUUUGCCCUCUAACCCGAAUGCAGACGGGCAUCCUCCAUUGGCCAGGACGCGAAUUCCGAGGAAUCGAGAGAGAACGCGCAAGAUUGUCCAUGGCCCACCUCCCAAGGCCAAGCAGUUCAAGCUCAAGUUCUACCGGGAGCCGGCGCAGACCAACAGUGUUUUGAUCAAAAAGUCCAAACCGAAGGGCGACAGAGUCUCAUCUGGAUUUCAGAAGAAAUCACUUGCAGAUCUCGACAAGAAUGGUCUCGUGCGGUCGAUGAACUGGCACCACCCAACGUAUUCUUUGGAGAUUGGCACAGUGCGUGCGAACGUCAGACGCGCAGUGAUGGACGGAGUUGCCGGUACUGACGCUCUUACCAAGGAGCGUCAGGAGGUAGUCGAUUGUUUCCAGGCGGCCCCACGGCUGGCUGCGGGCGUGAAGCGUGAGGCUCAGCGUCUUAUUGACCACUUCGAAGGACUCUAUCACGGAGGCGGAGCGGGGGAUACUGUUGUCGAUUUGCGAGUGGACAAGCCUGCGGAUGUCGAUAAGGAUGAGGAGGAUGCCGGCGGCAUCAAGGAGAACGACGACUCCGAUGUCGCGAACAGGCAGGACAAGGAGUUCCGCUUCUUAAUCUCUUUCCUGACGUAUCUGUAUUCAGGAAAUUACCCGAAGGAGAACUCCAAGGCAGGCGGCGUUGCUAAUCAGCUUGUUGUCUGGUUGGUGAAGGACGGGAUACAUGAUCCAGUUCGGGCGCGCAGGGAACUUCAGGAAACCGCACCAUUCACACCGACGUAUUUGGUCCGAUCUGUGUCUGGUCAGCUGGCUGUCGAGCUGAGACGAGUGUAUGGGCAUAGGAGCCGUGAUCUCCACGAUAAGCUCAAGGUCAUGAAGGACAAGGGCAUAGUAAGAGGCGAUGUCGACAUUCAAAUUCGACCACAUGUUUCCGCCGUCGAGAACUUUCUCUACUUGAACAAACUCACGGGAAACAGCCAGGGAGAUUCCAGCCUUUUCUGGAAGCGUACAUCGCUGAAGGAAAGAUUGGUGCGGUUGGGCGAGUUGGAUAACUCGACCAUCACCUCCGUGAACGACCUUGACACAUGGAUAGCAGGAAAAGAGCCCGGUUUUAUCAUCAAGAACUUUGUCGCCGACGUCGCCCCUCAGGGUCUCACAAGUCGACAGCAGAAGCAAGCAGAUCAUCGAUCUGCGGUCAAGCUAUGGUCCUUGGAUCAGACCCGGAGCCACUUGGUGGAUGUCCAGAAUGAAUGGCUCGACCCCAUUACCUAUGCCACGAAGGGAUAUGUCCUCCGAGGCUCUCUAAAGACCGACGGGUUCAGGAUACAGUUGUUGGCAUUCAAGCUUCGAGAGCUUCAGGAUGUUCGAUUUGGCCGUAUCGCAGAGGACAGGCUGCCCUCAAGAUUGACUUCGACUGUUGGCGGAAUCGAUUACUUCCUGCCCGAGAUCCAGAAUGUCAUUACCAGCAAGGACGACGACGCCAAAUAUUGGCCAGGAGCGGUGUAUCAACCAACAUUCCGCUUCCGUCGGUGGCUGGAGGGCGAGAAGCAGGCGUUGCUGGAUGUGGGUGAGGAACACCGAACGAUUGCAGGAAUCGAGACUGAACUUCCACCUUUGAAAGGCGAGGGGGCGAGUGUGAUCAACUACACUGCAGAGCUGAGGCGAAUCGAGGAGAGACUAUUGGAGUUCUAUGCGGGCCCAGACCAGCUGUACAAACGCCACAAGUGGGACAUGAAGCGUGCCCGUCAGUAUGAGUACCAAUUGCUUGCCAACCGCCUCCUUGGUAUCGUUGGAGGAAGUAUUGGGCCACGGUCGUUGGGUUACCUGGUCGUUGGACUCAAUGGGUAUUAUACGAGCAAGAAAUGUCCUCACUGUCGGCUAUUCGUCGCCCAGGUCACCCUCCGCCGUUUCUUUUGCCCAACCUGCCACGUUUAUCACCACCGUGACGUUAUGGCGGCUGAGAACAUGGCCAACCUUGUGCGAGGAUAUCUUGAGAAGCAGCAGCGUCCAGAGCACCUCCAGCCUGUGGCUCCGGACGGAUCUCUUCCUUGGGUGGCUAGUGCCGGCGCAGGAUCAGAACACUCUCGAACACAACCCCCGGAAGCGGCAGCAGCGGGAGCACUGGCACAAUGA